AUGUACCCAGGCUACUGUUUGCUCGAGCGAACGCUGACUCCUUCACACAGAGCAAAGUCACCACCUUCGGCGAAACGUUUCUCUUCCGCGUCACCUACCGGCCCUUCGUAUAAUGCGACCACCUCUCCGCUGCUGUCGGCCCUCGGUGCCACCACCAAAUCUGCGGCUCAAUACACGAACGAGUGGACCAAGUCCUUACCCUUCUUUGCGAACCAAGCUUCCCCGAGUAACGGCGGCAUACCGAUACACGGCUCGCCGCCGCAGUUCCACAAUUCACCGAAUGUCCGCGGAGGCGUAUACGGGCAAGCUGCCGCAUCCCCUUCGCCUCCCGUCGUGGGUAUGAAUCCUCGCAGUACCCCAGACCAUUAUACUAGCUUCGGCGGACGCCUGCGUGAGUCGCCUCAAGAGUCUCCAGCAAGAGACCCAAGGAAUCGCCGGGCGUCUAUGUUUUCGCAUCAUGGAGGUCGACCAACUUCCCAGCAAUUUGCUGCGAACCCUCCAUUACCGCAUCAGCCCCAAACACACUACUACAAUCUGCCCGACUUCGACCUCGGACUAAACAAUGCCACUCCCGAAGGCAUCGCUGCGGGCGAAGAGGGAUACUUCUGUGGCUUUGACACGCUUGGUAUGGCGGCGGAUGAAGCGGCUCGAACCGCCGAGAACGUUCUCCUAGUAGGGUAUCAAGGCGGUCUUGACGUGUUCAGGGUGGAGAAAGGUAAGAUGGAUGUGUUGGGCCGGUUGGAAGGUUUAAGAGGCGGCGUGGUAGGGGCAAAGAUUCUUCCAUGGACCUCCCGAAGAGAUCCCUUGUCUGCCGUACGACCUCUAAUAGUUCUCACCAUCCAUGGACCUGUCUUGGGUGACAACAGAAGUAGCAGUGGAAGCGAUGUACCUUCUGUCAUUGACGAUGGCUCUUCUGACUCUCCUAGUCGCCCUGGUUCUCCUCAUGGUAAAGAUGCAACCUCCAGGAUUACCAGUUACCAAACGACGGUAGAAGUGUACUCUCUCAAAGAGAAGUGCAAGAUUGCCGUGCUCUACCAGAGUCCGUUCGUCUCGGUCACGUCACCCUUCGAUAGCCCGAUUUUCCAGCCACCGCCCCCCGUUGGCGACUUCUCGGUCGAUGCAAAAGGCAAAUUCGUGACCGUAUCCUCCGGUGCUAGUGGUGAAGUCUUCGUUUUUGCCCCCUAUUCGACGCUAAGUGAAGACUACCAAGAAUCCUUUAGGUGCAUAGGGAAGGUUUGGACCACUGUCCAGCCUCGAGAGCGCGUAAACCAUUCCAGUGCGUCCAGCGCCGCUGAUGGCAGCCAUGAAGAUAUUCCUCCGGAGAUAUAUGGCGUACCCGUCGUUUCGCUAUCGGAACGAUGGCUCGUUUUCACUCCUCCCGCAUCAACUGCGCACUUCCCUGUUAAUGGCGUGCCUUCGACAUCAGCCCAAUACGAACGCCCUCCCGGAUUGGCGCAUCACACUGUCCCACCACAACCUUCUGUGAACUGUGCUGUGGAUGCACCCGAGGUAGCCAGUCUCAUCAACCGCCUGACAAAGGAAGGUACACAGGUUGCAAUAAAGGGUGCAAGAUGGGCCGCCGAAAAGGGUUUCCAGGCGUACAAGAACUACAUGAAUAAGGGGACUCAACCAAACGGAGCUAAUGUAUAUGGAGCGGAUCCUCCGCAGCAGUACUUUCCGCCAACCCACGGCCAUAACCAAGCUCCAAGACAGGAAGCUACCGUCAUCUCGGUUGUCGAUCUCCAAAGACUCCAUGACGCCGAAGAAAAUAAGAGCAAGAUGGCACUGAACCCUAUCGCCACUUUUCCUGCGACGCUGGGCUGCAGCCACCUUUCUUUUUCGCCAGGCGGUCUGAUGCUAAUGACCAUCAACAAGAAAGGUGAUGUCUACGAAGUAUGGGAUCUUAAACGCUUGAACUUUCGACGAGCGCGUAAAACGACCAGGGAGCAAGCCACCGGUCAACACGUACGCCAAGUUGCGCGCUUCAGUCGGAUGACUGUCUCGAAUGUGGUGGACGUGGUUUGGUCUGCACCAAGAAUCGACAAAGUGGCAGUCAUUACUGACAAGGGAACUGUGCACAUGUUCCUUAUGCCUGCGUCGGCGUUCCAAUGGCCGCCUCCCAGGCGCACACGCAAACCGAAUGACCCUACUGCACCAAAUGAUGAAGCGAUUGAAGCUGGCCGUGGUAGUACUGUCAACUCUGCCAUGCAAGCAUUCAACGGCACAGCUAAGCCCUUCCUCGAUGCGAUCCGACCUGGCAGCAAUAGCAACGGUUCCCGUUUUACGUUCAAAACCCUCGGCAUGACACCGGCUGCUGGAGCCAAAUCCGGAAAAGCGGUAGCUGCGGGAGUAGGCAAGCAAAUUAAUACCAUCCGUCAUGCUGGCGACAAUAAGCUGGCAUUACCUUCUUCUUCUAGCGGCGUCAAGGCUCAUUCUGUAAGAUGGCUUACUGGAAAAGGGCGGGGACACAUUGCUCUGGUCGCAGGUGGAGUGUUGCAGAUCCAUCGGGUGCAAAUGCGACCUGCAACUGGAAAAGGCAAAUCGGCAAACGAGAAUUCAGUUUCGAAGAAGAAAAUCUCCGAGUUUGGUCUCCUUCCCAUCCGCGACUCGGUACUCGCGCCUUCAAUCACUGCUCAGCUGUAUGCCCAAUCAGACGAGCCUGAACACCUUCAAGAUAUCCAUGGUGAAUGGAUCCCGCGGGCGCUGCCUGCUCGGAAAGGAAGGGCUGGUUCCACCACCAAGCAUUUCGGUUUAACGCCUGCUCCUCUCAGCUUUUCAGAGAUCGAAACGAAUCCACCAUAUCAACCAUUCUACACUGAUCGCCGGGUGACACGCUUCAUUUUCACCCAAUUACCUGCGGAUGCACAAGUGAGCAGUAGCGAGUACCAAACACCAGAGCUCGUGUCAAACCUACAUCAUGAGAACGACGAGACGCCGUGGCUUUUCGGUGAAGACAUCGAGGCGAUCCGCGUCUCGUCUCCUGUCACUCAGCACUUUGACUCGGGUGAUGAAGAUGCGAUUGCCGGCGUUACAGCACGAAUCGAGAACAAGCUCAUUCGACGCGACGGCGAAGACGAGAUUGAGCAAGUCAUUGUCACUACCAGGCGUAGGCGAACUAGACGCGAUGGCGCCGAAGAGGAAGAGGAAGGGUUUUUUGAAGAUGAUUGCGAGGUCCUGGACUUUGCUGAGGACAGGGUUUGA